GUCACCCCUAGCAACCGGCGGCGCAGGCUGUGUCGUCAUCGUGGUGCGCCGCUAUUAUCGCCUCCGCUCCUCCCUCAGCCGGCGGAAAGCAGGACAAGGAGCGCAGGAGCAGGCUCGGCUUUAGAGCGGUUUGUCUGGGAGCUCCGGGGAUAUUUCUCGUCCGGGAAUCGGGCGUCGCGGUAGGAAACAGAUUUUCUAUUUUGUACAUACAUUGUUUUGUAUAUACUGUAUAUGAUGACUUCGGUGGGAAAUGAACGAACCCGGGUCACUCGGGAAAAGCCACAGAUUUCAGCUCCACAGACACAAACCCAGAAACAGGUACAGGCAACAGCUGAGCAAAUUCGCCUCGCACAGAUGAUUUAUGACAAAAAUGAUGCAGAGUUUGAAGACAAAGUGAAACAGCUCAUGGAAGUCACAGGAAAGAACCAAGACGAAUGCAUAGUGGCGCUUCAUGACUGUAAUGGAGAUGUCAACAGAGCUAUAAACAUACUGCUGGAAGGCAAUUCAGAUACAACAUCUUGGGAGACCGUUGGGGGUAAAAAGAAAAGCAUUGGCAAAGAGAGCUCUGAAAACAAAGAAAACAGAGAAAGGAGAGGUGACAGAGAAAUGAGCCGUGGCCGUGGCAGCUCCAGUAGGCGAGGGCGGGGAGGAAGCCGUGGCAGAGAGUUUAGAGCAGAAGAAAAUGGCGUAGACAUUGGCCCUGGUGACAGACCUUCUGACCGUGGCAGGCGAGGUCGUGGCAGAGGAUUUGGAGGCAGGGGCAGAGGAAGAGGAUCGGGAAGAUUUUCUGCACAAGGCAUGGGGACGUUUAACCCAGCAGAUUACACAGAACCAACUGCCAAUGAUGGUGUUGCAAAAACAGACGUUUGGGAAACUGGCCAGAGUGAUUGUGAUGAUGGAACAGAGAUUUCAGGCAGUCCAUUCUUGCCUCCUCUGAAAGGUGCGUGGCGGAGUUCCCUAGAGGAGUGGACAACGGAAGACUGGAAUGAAGAUCUUUCGGAAACCAAGGUUUUUACUGCAUCUUCAGUUCCCACAGAAAAUCACAUCACCCCAGGUCAAAGCAUCGACUUGGUUGCCCUACUUCAGAAGCAGCCAUCCGGCACAGAAACGGAUUCUGUUACAUUCGAAGCCUCUCAGCAGCAAAACUACGGCCAGGCUCUGGUUUUUACAAACUCUCAGCACAGCUCUCAGAUCACCCCAGUUGCCACCACCACCUCCAAUGCCGUUAAUAGUUACUCUCCGCAAAGCCUUUCGUCUGUCCUUGGCUCUGGGUUUGGUGAACUUGGUUCUUCCAAGCUGACAAACUCUCCCGGGUCCCAGAUACUUGAACAGCUGAAAAGUCCAGGUUUGGGGCAGUUCACAAAUCAAACCCCCCAACAAAGCAGCACUGGUACAGCAGCGUCUACUUCCUGGGAUAUUAAGCCCACUGGCCCACAGUCCUCGGUCCUAGGUCAAUUCGAUUUCAAGUCCCAGCCUGAGCCAUCCCCAGUAUUGAGUCAACUUACUCAGCGUCAACAUCAGGCCGUCCCCGUGCCGCCCCCGGGCCUGGAGUCCUUCACUUCCCAGGUCAAGCUCAGAGAGACGUCCCCUGUGGACAGCUCCAGCGCAGUCAGCAAAAUGUUGCAACUUUCCAACCUGUCACUAGAUACUCAGACAAUCUCAGCGCAACAAACACAGCAGCAAAAACAGCUCAAACCUCAGAAACGGCGGAUACCUCCAACCUCGAAGGUGGGCAUCCAGGAAAUUCCUGCGUCGGCUGUGGAGAUGCCAGGAUCGGCCGAUGUCUCCGGGUUAAACGUGCAAUUUGGAGCCCUGGAAUUUGGAUCAGAACCAUCGCUGGCAGAGUUUGGGUCAAAUUCAAGUCCAGAUACUGCAACCCAAACGCCUAGCAACUUGUAUUCGAAAACCAUAAGUGACUCCCUGAAUACCCCUCUGCCAAUAUCCAGUGCCGUGCAGGAGCCAAGUUACACCCCAACUGUCAUUGCCACUUCCAGCCUCAGCAGCUCCUCGCAGAGCACCAGUCCGGUGACCGCAACUUCCUCUUCCUCCUCCUCUUACGACCAGACAUCUGUGCAUAGCCGGGUAGCAUACCAAAGCUCCAUGCCUCCUGCAGAGGUGGUGCCUGUCACUAAUGGACACAAUGGAAUUCGGGCGCAAACAACUCUGAGCUCUACACCUUCCGUCCAGCCUGUGAAGCCUGAAAGUUCCCCCCCAAGCCUCUCGUCUGUAGGGUCCCUUCCCAGCACAGUCCCCACCACCUCCUCUCUGCUCCCGUCGGCGCCUCAGCACUCAUCUGCUGUCUCUCUCUCAAGCCUCCCACAGCCGAGCGACCUCUCGAGCACCCCUCUCUCUCAGCUCAACAGCACUUUGUCUGGGCACCAGAACAGCCUUCCUGCAGCCUCAGUACUGUCAUCUACAGCCUCCCACUCACACACAAGUGUUGAGAGCACCGUGUCCCUGCAGCCCUCCGCCACCUUUUCCACCGCUUCAACGUCGGCUACAAGCACCACCUCUGCUGUGGUCAGCAUGGCGAGUACGAUGAACAGCAUCAACACUCUGGGCCUCACUGCGCCCAGCAUAAGCAUGCCCGCAGCCACAACGCGGACUGCGCCCCUGGUUACGUCAGGAAAAGCUCCACCAAACCUUCCUCAAGGCGUCCCCCCACUGUUACACAACCAGUACAUUGUAGGACCGGGAGGGUUACUACCUGCAUACCCACAGAUCUACGGGUACGACGAUCUCCAGAUGCUCCAGUCCCGGCUGCCUAUGGAUUACUAUGGAAUUACAUUCCCAGCCCCAGCCACUCUUACAGGCAGAGACGGAGGCCUUGCAAGCAACCCAUACUCAGGUGAUGUAGCAAAGUUCGGUCGCGCCGAUUCUGCGUCCCCAGCACCGGCCACAACAUUGGCUCAGCCCCAGCAGAACCAGACCCAGACCCACCAUACAGCUCAGCAGCCUUUCCUGAACCCCACGCUGCCCCCCGGCUACAGCUACACAGGCCUGCCCUAUUAUGCUGGAGUUCCCGGGGUACCCAGUGCGUUCCAGUACGGACCUACCAUGUUUGUACCUCCAGCAUCAGCCAAACAGCACGGGGUUAAUCUUAGCACCGCCUCCACUCCCUUCCAACAGGCCGGAGGCUACGGGCAGCAUAGCUAUGGGGCAGGUUAUGACGAUCUGACGCAGGGAACAGCGGCUGCCGAUUACAGCAAAGGAGGCUACAGCGGCUCGUCUCAAGCACAAAGCAAGUCGGCUGGGACCGGGCCUGGGAAAGGGGUGUCUGUGAGUUCCAGUAACACGGGAGUGCCUGAUAUCAGCGGCUCUGUCUACAAUAAAACUCAGACUUUUGACAAACAGGGAUUCCACGCAGCGACGCCCCCUCCCUUCAGCUUGCCUUCGGCACUCGGAUCCACCGGGCCCCUAAACCCGGGCGCGGCCGCCGGAUACGCUCCAGCCCCGUUCCUCCAUAUUCUGCCGGCUCAUCAGCAGCCUCACUCUCAGCUGCUGCACCACCACCUCCAGCAGGACGGGCAGGGCGGCUCGGCGCAGCGCACCCAGCCCAACGCCAUGCAGCAGAAGUCCCAGGCUAACAAGACGGCCUACGCCAGUUCCCCAUACUGGACAAAUUAACCCCUUCCCGCGCGCCGCGCAGCUAAAGGGAGAGUCCGCUAGAGCCCAUUCCUGGACACCACCAUUCGUUCGACAGAAAACACAACUGUGAUGAGCCAAUACCGUCUGUGCGGGGGAGGAGCCUGCGCCUGGUCGGUGUGGAAAUGGCCGCUUUCUUUUUGGUUUGCUGUUGUAUGUAAUAUAUUUAUGUAUGUAUUUGUAAAUGUAAUAGAGCCUAAACGUGGUUUCUCUGCAUUUUGCAGCCUUUUUUUUUCUUUGUAGGGGGCAUUUGAAUUAACACCCGCAUCAGUGCAAAUAUAUAUAUAUAUAUAAUAUUUUUGUUUUAAGCUCCUUGGUUUAUAAGGAAAGUGCCAUUUUAAAAGAAAAUAAACACAAAAACAAGCGAAAGCCCCACUUAUUUAACGACUCAAAGGAUCCAUCAUGUUUGCCCCUUUGUUUUCCCUUUUGUUUGCCCUUUGUCCCCCCCCCCCCCCCCCCAGCCAUUGAGCAGAGAUUCCCAGUGUUUAUAGGAAAGAAAUGGUCCCCUCGCCGUGUCUCCGCCUCCCUCUCAUCUCCAUCACAUUUCUUUUUUUAUUUUAAAUAAAAACAAAGUAACUUCUGCA